AUGGUCUCCGCAUCUCGACUGGAAGAGAUAUGCAUUCCGGUCGCGCCACACGCGGCAUACCACAAGAGAAAACUGCGGGUUGCGACGAUCGGCGCAGGCUUCUCAGGUUUGAUAUUCGCGCACAAGAUCCAGCAUGAGCAGCCUGAGCUACAGGAAUUCAUCGACCACGUUAUUUUUGAGGCAAACGAUGAUAUCGGCGGGACCUGGAAAGUCAACACUUACCCGGGCGUCCAGUGUGAUGUCCCGGCUCAUAUUUAUGCAUUUCCAUUCGAUCCGAAUCCCAACUGGUCAAAAUUCUAUGCCGAUGGAGACGAAAUUCUGGAAUAUAUGCAGCGCAUUGCGCAUAAGUGGAAUCUGAAACGUGACAUCCAGUUCAAUUCUCGAGUUGUUGGUCUGGAGUGGCUCGAAGAUAGGGGCAAAUGGAAGGUCCGGGUGAGGCAGAACGAAGACCGGGAGAGAGAUGAGCUGUUUGAUGUCUUGGUUUCUGCUCAGGGAUUCUUGAGUCAAUGGAAAUGGCCGUCAAUCCCGGGCCUCCACACCUUCAAAGGCCAUAAAGUCCACUCCGCCUCCUGGGAUCACAGUUACGACUAUAGCCACAAACGCAUUGCUGUGAUCGGGAACGGCUCCUCGGGAAUUCAGAUCCUACCGCAGAUGGCCAAGCUAGAUGGCACUACGGUAGUUUCCUUUCAGCGAGGUCCAACCUGGAUUACGCAGUCGCUGGUCGAUAUGGCAGAUAUUAGUCAGAGCGAUGAGGAAGUCGGAAGUAAUUUCAACCCUAGGUAUACGACAAGAGAUAAGAGGAAGUUCAGGGAUAAGGAGAAACAUCGUCAGUAUCGCAAAAUGCUGCAGCAAGGUAUGAAUAAGGGGUUUAGAAUUUUCAAGAAAGGAUCACAGCAGAACGCCAACUCGACGAAAGUGACAAUCUCACGCAUGCGAACGGCACUCGAUCAAAACCAAGAACUAUGCGAAAAGCUCAUACCGAACUGGACACUAGGCUGCCGGCGCCUCACUCCCGGCGAGGGGUAUCUGGAGUCUUUCCUGCUUCCAACGGUAACGCUAGAGACAUCGCCAAUCACCCACAUCACCGAGACCGGCAUCUCGACGGAGUCACAGCAGCACCACUUCGUCGACGUGAUCGUGUGCGCGACAGGCUUCGACGUCUCCCACGUGCCGCACUACGCCGUAACCGGCCGCGACGGGAUGACCCUGGCGCAAAAAUGGUCGUCCGAACCCGAAAGCUAUCUCAGCGUAGCAUGCCCGGACUUCCCAAACUACUUCAUCUUCACGGGGCCCAACGCGACCGUCGGGCACGGCACGCUGAUCACCUCCAUGACCUGGACGGCCGACUACAUCCUGCGCUGGAUCCGCAAGAUCGCAUCCGAAGACAUCCACUCCGUGGCGCCGAGGCAGGACGCCACGGACGAGUUCGUGCGCUACGCCGACGAGAUCCACAAGGGCUUGACCUGGACCGGCGGCUGUAAGUCCUGGUAUAAGAACCACCGUGUCGAUGGCCGCGUCACCGCCACCUGGGCGGGAAGUGCGCUGUUGUAUAGAGAGGUCAUCACGGCGGAGCUGCGGGCGGAGGAUUUUGAGAUUCGCUACCGGAGUCGGAACCGCUGGAAGGGCGUGCUGGGCAAUGGGUUCACGGAGUUGGAGGAACGUGCGGAAAGAGCCGAGACAGAGGCGAAGGGGGAGGUCGUUGAUUUGGCUUUUUACCUGUGA